GGAUAGGAUCAGAUCCAUUCUGUACAGAAUAGACAGAGAACAGAACAACAGCUGCUCCACCGCCGGCUAUGCUACUUCUCCACCCGGACACCGCUCCACUCCUUCGCCGAAAGUACAUCCACCGGGGCUCUCGCCAGAACUUUCACCAUGACAACUCUAAACCAAUACCAUCCUUCUGGUCUUCUUCUCGUCACUCUUCACGGAUUUCCGACAGAGCUGUUAACCACAGCGUUUUAGCCAGCCUGACCAGGUCGGCUAACACUUCUGUUCAGUCUGACAGCACUGGUGUCAACUUCGGUCUGCUUAACAUCCGCUCGCUUACAAGCAAGGGACAUCUCGUCCAGGAUCUCCUCACCGACCGUAAGUUUGACUUUUUGUGUUUGACUGAGACGUGGCAACAGCCCAAUGACUUUUCGCAGCUCAACGACUCCACUCCCUCGGGGUUUGUUUACACCUGCCAACCUCGUGAGUCCGGCCGCGGUGGAGGUCUUGCGGUAAUUUAUCGCGAGAAUUGGAAAGUCUCGCCGUUAUCUGUACCUGUCUUCAGUUCUUUUGAAUCCGUUGUUUGUCAACUCUCAGGUCCUGUUCCAACUGUUAUUGCUGUUAUUUACCGCCCUCCAAAGUCUACUUCUGUUUUUAUAAGUGAUUUUACUGAUCUGCUGACCCACUUGGCUACUGUUUCUCCUAAUAUAAUACUACUGGGAGACUUUAACAUUCAUAUGGACAAUAGUAAUCAUCCUCUUACCAAAGACUUUUCAUCUUGCCUCGAUAGCUUGGAUUUUAAACAAUAUGUAAACUUUCCCACUCAUACUAAAGGUCAUACUUUGGACCUAGUUUGUUGCUCUGGACUUGCUCCUCUCAACUGCAAAGCCGAUGAACUGUUAUUCUCUGAUCAUUUUCUUCUCUCUUUCAAUGUCAAAAUGACCUUUUCUAUAACCAAGAUCCCUCGAACCAUUUCUUUUUCGGAAUAUUAA